AUGGCGCCGGCUGUACUGCAGGCGAUGCUAAAUAUCGGCGGCCUGCCAAGUCAAUUUGACGGAAAUGUAGCGGAGAAUUUCUUCGAUGAUUACUUUGACGUUCUCUUCUACAGCGGAGUACUGUAUAUUCUCAUAGUAUUCCUUGGCCCCAAGGCGAUGGAGAACCGUGAGCCGUUCAAGCUGAAGUACUUCAUCGCUAUGUGGAACCUAACCCUCUCCUUAUUCUCUUUCUGCGGCACUAUCGCGGUUGGCACUCUGCUCAUGUACAUGCUGGAGGACCGUGGCAUGUACGAGACGACCUGCCAGCUCGACAGGAGCCUCUACGAAGGCGAGCUGGCCUUCUGGAUCUUCGCAUUUAUGCUCAGCAAGAUUCCCGAGAUGAUUGACACGGUCUUCCUCGUUCUCACGAAGAAGCCAAUCAUCUUCUUGCACUGGUACCAUCACCUCACAGUGAUGAUCUUCUGCUGGUACGCCGGCUACUUAAUCAUCCCCAGUGGCAUAUGGUUCGCCGCCAUGAACUACUUCGUGCACUCGAUCAUGUACUUCUACUACUUCCUCUGCUCGUUGGGACUGCGCAAGGUUAUUCGGCCAUUCGCGCCGUUCAUUACGGCGGCGCAGCUGCUGCAGAUGGUCGCGGGUACAGCCAUCGUGCUCUACACCUUCUACUACAGCUACAUCAGCGAGCGCGGCUGCAACGCUGACCGUCGCACGAUUCGCAUGGGGGUGGGUAUGUAUGGCAGUUAUUUUGUGCUUUUCGCGACGCUGUUCGCACGCCUUUACGUAAAGAGGAGUGGGACUGCAAAGCGCAAGACGGCAGCGGCGGCAUUUAAUCAAGCCGAUAAAUCUGUGGAGGCGGUGAUGAACGGCUGCAACGGUACAAAAAAGUCGCAGUAA